AUGACGACCUACAUCCCAUCCAUCACUAUCCCGACAGCGGUCUUUCAAAGCCCUGCCGCAUCAAUCCUUCUCCCGGUGACGCUGGGUCUAGCUGUUGGGUACUCCACUGGUCGCUCUCAGACUCAAAACACCUAUCGGUCUCUGAGGUUGCCUCCUCUGCGGCCUCCGCCAUGGAUCUUCGCCCCUGUUUGGACCGUCCUUUACGGCCUCAUGGGCUACUCCGCUUACCGCGCUACCACCACUGGCCUCUCUCUCCUCGCUUCGCCUGAGCAGGCUGCAUCGGCCAAGCAAGGCAUGACUCUCUACACGCUUCAACUUGUCCUCAAUCUCGUCUGGCAGCCCCUCUUCUUCAGCGCAAACCGCCCCAAGGAGGCUACUGUUGACAUUAUUGCCUUGCUUGGUCUUAACGGUUAUCUGACUUAUGUCUGGAGCUCUGUUGACGAGGUCUCUGCUUGGUGCCAGGUACCCUACUUGGCGUGGCUGAGCUUUGCCACCUAUCUCUCUGCAGGUACUGGAUAUCUGAACAACUGGGAUUUGAAGAGUGGUGCAACCAAGAAGAACUUGUAA